CCCAAAUUCCGCUCCAAAACCCUCGUCUCCUCGCUCAGCACUAUUCCCCUCGCCCCCGAUGGUCUCGAUCUAAGCAUGUUCGCCACCGCCGUACCGCCAAGCGCCGCCCUGCCACCCCCAUUCAUGCCCUCUCUUCCUCCAAGCAGCCCGCGAUGACGAUUCACCCCGCCACCUCCUCAUCUGACGGCGGCGGCUCCUCGUCGUCCUUCGACGCGCCGCAGUGCAGCGCCCACUUCUUCGUGCGCGCCACCGACUCGAAGACCAUCGCGGUGCACGCGGCGUGGGACGACACCGUCGGCGCGCUCCUCGCCCACCUGGCCGAUUGCGGCUACGGGCGCGACCUGCGCCUCCUCUACAAGGGGAGGCAGCUCUUGCCGGAGGCCACCAGCGCCUCGCUCUGCCUCCCUCCCGACUCAACGCUCCACCUCGCCGCCCGACUUCGCUCCACCCCGCACCCCGAGGCGUGGCAGCUCGCCUCGCACAUCGCCGCCACCGCAGCCGCCGCCACCCCCACCCCCACCCCCAGCCACUCCCUCGAUGGGCUAGUAAAGGAAUACAUCCUCUUAGCCAGCUUCACCAGAAGACGCAGUGACCGCAGCGCUCCCGUCGACACCCAGAGCACGGAGCACUGUGCGGCGGAGUACCUCGACAUUUUCCUCCAGGCGGGCGCUGCCGUCGCGCUGGUACGCCGUUGGAUGCCCUAUGGCCCAAUGCACAAGAAUCUGUACAACAUGGAGCAUCAGCAUGGUGACACAUGGGUCUGGGAGUUGCACGAAAUGUCUAUGAACCUGCUGAGAAGGGUGGAGGAGUGUUUGAAGAGGUUGGAGAUGGAUCUUUCUACAUUGUCAUCCGAGAGUUGGAGGGUCAUAGAAAGUCAACCCCUGUGGUCUAACAGAUUACAUAUCCUUGCCAUGUUGACAGAACUGGAUUCCAUCUCAGCACUUUUUGAGGAUUUGGCGCACAACCUACGGGUUAUGUUGCUGGCGCACAAAGCACCUCUCAAUGCCCUCGUGCGCUGUUCCAAGAGGAACGAGCAUCUCCACUGGCUUGUGAAGCAUAAAGAUCUCCUUUGCUUCGAAGCAAGAAGGAACUUAGUCUUAAUGCUGUUUUCUGAGGGAAAAGAUGAUUACGGGGAGCUUCAUGAGAUGUUGAUCGACCGUUCAUAUUUUCUGGAUGAGUUCUUUGAGUACAUCACACAUGCAAAACUCAGUGUGCUUCAUAGUGGUCUGUUUGUGGAGUUUAAGAAUGAGGAGACUACUGGCCCUGGUGUUCUGAGAGAAUGGUUGCGCAUGGUGUGUCAAGCUCUGUUCAGUCCACAACAAGUUCUCUUCUCGCCUUGUCGUAAUGAUCAACGGAGGUUCUACUGGAACGGAAGCAUGUACAAAGUUUCACCCCCAGAUAAAGGAGGAUAAGCUUUUGGUUCCACUUUCCUAUAGAAGCCAGACAGUCUCUUACAAUCUGGUAUUGUUAUAAAAUGACAAUAAAAAAUCAUGUGAAACCUUGUGAGCUUAACAGACUACUACAGAAGCAUCUGUUGUGGAUCCGCUGCAAUUAAAAUACUUCAUUUUCUCAGGACGAGUAAUUGGAUUGGCGUUGAUGCAUAAAGUUCAAGUAGGGAUAGUUUUGGACCGCACAUUAUUUUUGCAUCUUGCUGGGAGAAGUAUUACA